AUGGUCGUCUUUAUUGACUUGGACGCCGACACCGUCGAGCGGGAUUUUCCGGGCCAUUCGCACUUCUACGAUUUGACAAUGCGCCGUCCCGAAGCCCCCCACCACAACUACAACAACGUCAGCCACCACCACCUCAACACAUCGCCACCGCUGGUUGCGUCCGCCCGGUCAAAACGCCGCUCUGCUUCCACUCGUCGCAGUGGGGCAUCGAAUGAUUCGGAGCGCCUCAACAAGCUUUUUCGGGUCAUUGGGAUUUAUCCAUGUAUCCGUUCGAUCGCCCAGCAUCUAGACCGUACCGACUUGUACAACCUCUCUUCAACAUGUCGGGAUAUGCACCAGUGCGUUCUCGAGAAUCGAAAGCAUUUACUGCCAUUCACGCUUCGUUGUCAAUAUACGACUACUAGUCAGAGGUCUAAACGCAUUUCGUCCAUCCGAAGUCCCAUUAUUCGCACACAGUGUGCCACUGAUUUGGUUAAUAUAUGCGACCGCUGCCGCCGACCUUCUUGCCGAAACUGCAAAACACGGAAUGCAAAACCCACCCACCAAUCCUCAAAACGUGCAACCUGCACCGCCUGUUCUUCUAUCUCUCUUCCAUCCCUGAUUGUUGACCCGACUGUAAAACCUUGCGACUGUAACUCAAAGGGCGAACCAUGGGUCUGCACUUCUUGCGCCUCUAUCGGCAUGGAAAACUACCUUCUCAAGACUAACAAGAACGGACGAGGAACCGAAACUACAACAGUAGAAUUGGAGUGCGGAAGAGGUACGAACUGUGUAGGCAAGGGAUGGUACACUUGUGAGAACUUUUAUAAGUAUUUGGAUAGCUUGGGGAAGGAAGAGACGUUUACUAAGAGAACCGCCAAAGUCCGCUACGCAUGCCACUCCUGCAAGCAAUACAUGUUCUCCAAAGAAGAAGAACGGGAGUUCCUUGCCCUCCGAGCUUGA